CUAGACACCAUUCCUCUUACCACACACAACUCAUUCAUGGUCAAUUCUACAUUCAAUUCUUCCUUACAUCCUUGGAGAACAAUCGGACAGCAUGAGGAAUACCAAUACCUCAACAUGAUCCGCCAUGUGAUGGAGCAUGGUGAAUUCAGAGCAGACCGAACCGGCACUGGCACACGUUCCAUUUUUGCGCCUCCUUCUAUGCGGUUUUCGCUUGAGAAUGAUAUCUUUCCAUUGUUGACGACCAAGCGAGUUUUCUUUCGCGCAGUUGUCGAGGAGUUGUUGUGGUUUGUGAAAGGUGAUACCAACGGUCUUCAUUUGUCAGAAAAGGGGAUCAAGAUCUGGGAUGGCAAUGGAUCCAGAGAGUUUUUAGACAAAAUUGGGCUGACAGAGCGUAAGGUCGGUGACCUGGGUCCUGUCUAUGGGUUCCAGUGGAGACAUUUCGGAGCCGAAUACAGAGAUUGUGAUACGGAUUAUACAGGUCAAGGAGUUGACCAAUUAGCAGAGGUCAUUUGGAAGAUCAAGAACACGCCUACGGAUCGUCGCAUUAUCAUGAGUGCAUGGAAUCCUGCCGAUCUCAAGAAAAUGGCGCUGCCCCCUUGUCACAUGUUCUGCCAAUUUUAUAUCUCCACACCCACUGAAAUACAGCCUCGGCCCAAACUCUCCUGCCAGCUUUACCAGCGCUCUUGUGAUAUGGGAUUGGGCGUACCCUUCAACAUCGCUUCAUAUGCACUCUUGACGAAAAUGAUCGCCUAUGUUUGUGAUCUCGACUGUGGCGAAUUCAUUCAUACCAUGGGCGAUACACAUAUUUACUUGGAUCAUACAGAAGCUCUCAAAGUUCAGCUCAAGCGUGAACCUAGGCCAUUCCCAAAGCUUUUCAUUCGUCCUUUCCAAGAUCAGGAUCAGAAUCAGAGCGAUAAAGAGACUAAAAAAGAACCAAGAGUGAUCACGACCAUUGACGACUUUAGGCUAGAAGACUUUGUCUUGGAAGGCUAUGAUCCUCACAAGAAGAUUGACAUGGUUAUGUCUGUAUGACAAAAAUAAAUGCAUGCACGUGACACGAGGCAUAGAAUUUGUUGGAGC